GUUGAAUGUAACAAAAUGUCAUUUAAUCUUGUGGUCUUAAACAUGUCACGCAGAAAGUUGAAAUUAAAAGAGUUGCCAAAGUUGGAAACUUUAGCUGUUAUACUAAAGCUAAAGGGGAAAAAGGGUUUGUAUCUUCAGACAUGAUGGGUAAUCACUUGAAUUGCACUUUAAUUAGGAUACUCUGUUUCAAUUUAAGUGUUUUAGUUUGACUGGGCACGGAGUUUGAUAAAUAAAGGGGAGACUUUUGAAUUUUGUGGUCUUAAAUUUAAAGAUGUGUGUGUGGUCCUUUAAAUCUUGUGGUCUUAAACUUGUAAUGUAGAAUGUUGGAAUUGGAAAACUUACUAAAUGCAGAAAGAAACACUCUUUUUGGAACGGACUAAAAAGGAAAGUAAAACACUUAAAUUAGUUGAAAAUUGGACAUUGUUGUCAUGACAAUGCUAUUUCUGAUGGUUUUAGAUGAGUGAAUGUGUAUUUUAGUGCCUGCUAGAUGUGAAAGGAAGUGUUUUUCCAUUGGCUGAAUCGUUUUAUGAUGUUACAAACAUAAUUAGAACUAUGCUUUCCCACUAUAAAGGUAAUGUUUAAGAGGUUGUUUGGUUGCUGGUUAGAGUUAUGCACCUAUUAGUAAUACAAGCAUUAGUUUAGUUAUUCAUGUAGUAUUAGUUAUUCCAUUGUUUGCCCAAUUUGGAGAGUUUGGCUGUAAUUACUAAAGCUAAAGGUGCUAAUGUGUAUUCAUGGGACGAUAAAAGAGGGUUUUUGUGUUUUGGGAGGGGAAAGAGAGUUUGUAUCUUCAGACAUGAUGGGGGGAGGGGAUUUGUGGAGGUGAAAGAAUUUGGAGUCCCUGAUACAGUCAAGUCAAUGUCUUGGUGUGGUGAGAAUAUAUGUUUGGGGAUUAGAAGAGAGUACAUGAUAUUGAAUACCACCAAUGGUGCAUUGUCUGAGGUGUUUCCUUCAGGGAGGAUCGCCGCACCUCUUGUGGUAUCUCUUCCCUCUGGAGAACUUCUUUUGGGAUAAUAUUGGUGUCUUAGUUGACCAAAAUGGAAAGUUGAUCCAAGACGGGAGGGUUUGUUGGUCUGAGGCUCCUGCAGUUGUUGUUAUUCAGAAGCCCUAUGCAAUAGGUCUCUUACCGCGACAUGUUGAGAUACGUUCUCUUCGUGUUCCUUAUCCUUUGAUUCAAACAGUUGUCCUUCGGAAUGUUCGUCGUCUUGUUCAAAGCAACAAUGCUGUUAUUGUUGCUCUUGAUUAUUCUGUUUUUGGAUUUUUUCCUGUUCCUCUUGGUGCACAGAUUGUGCAACUAACAGCAUCUGGAAACUUUGAUGAGGCCUUGGCCUUGUGCAAAAUGCUACCACCAGAAGAUUCAAGUCUUAGGUCUGCAAAGGAGCAAUCAAUUCAUAUAAGAUAUGCGCACUUUCUGUUUGAAAAUGGGAGCUAUGAAGAAGCAAUGGAACAUUUUCUGGCAUCUCAAGUUGAAAUCACUUAUGUGCUUGCCUUAUAUCCUUCCAUUAUUGUUCCAAAAUCAUCUUUCAUACCUGAACCACAGAAAUUUGUGGAUGUUGGGGAUGCACCAUAUCUCUCCCGAGCUUCCUCUGGCCUGACAGAUGAUCUGGAUUCGAUGCCUUCAAAUGUCUUAGAAUCUGAUGAAAUGGAUAUAGAAUCCAAAAAAAUGAGUCACAACACCUUGAUGGCUCUGAUUAAGUAUUUACAGAAGAAGAGAUACAGUGUUAUUGAGAAAGCUACAGCUGAGGGAACUGAAGAGGUGGUUUCAGAUGCUGUCGGAGAUAGUUUCAUUUCUUAUGGAACUGGCCGAUCCAAAAAACCAACCAAGAUCAUUUAUGGCCUACCGGAGGAAAGUCUAAAUGUCAGGGAGGGCAGAAUUCAUGCUCCAAUCACUUCCAUCGCUAGGGAUAUGGCUGCAAUACUGGACACUGCACUUCUUCAAGCUCUGCUUUUAACUGGACAGUCCUCGGCUGCUACAGAUUUUCUGAAAGCCCUCAACUACUGUGAUGUGAAAAUAUGUGAGGAGUUCCUGCAAAAAAGAAGCCAGCAUGCUUGUCUGCUAGAACUUUAUAGGAGCAAUUCAAUGCAUCGUGAAGCACUGAAACUUCUCCAUCAAUUGGUAGAAGAGUCCAAGUCAGAGCAAACAACGAAGUUCAAGCCUGAUAUGAUCAUUGAAUAUCUUAAACCCCUUUGUGCAACUGACCCCAUGCUUGUCCUGGAGUUCUCGUUGCCUGUUCUUGAGAGCUGUCCUAUGCAAACCAUUGAGCUAUUCUUGUCUGGUAACAUUCCAGCGGACCUGGUGAAUUCUUACUUAAAACAGCAUGCUCCAAACAUGCAGGCAACAUAUCUGGAACUCAUGCUUGCUAUGAAUGAAAAUAGCAUCUCCGGGAAUCUGCAGAAUGAAAUGGUGCAAAUUUAUCUCUCAGAAGUGCUUGAUUUGUAUGCUGAACUUAAUUCCCAGCAAAAAUGGGAUGAGAAAACAUGUUCUCCGACAAGGAAAAAGCUAUUGUCUUCUUUGGAGAGUAUCUCUGGAUAUAAUCCAGAGGUGUUACUGAAGAAACUUCCACCAGAUGCUUUGUAUGAAGAACGUGCAAUUCUGUUGGGGAAAAUGAAUCAACAUGAACUUGCGCUGUCUAUUUAUGUGCACAAGCUUCACGUUCCCGAACUUGCACUGUCCUACUGUGAUAGGGUGUACGAUUCAGGACUUCAACAACAUUCAGCAAAAUCUUAUGGAAACAUUUACUUGACUCUACUGCAAAUCUAUCUAAAUCCCACGAAGACAACAAAAAAUUUUGAGAAGAAAAUUACUAAUCUGGUAUCAUCUCAGAGCCCUGGGAUUCCAAAAGUUGGUUCAGGAACUACAACAAAGGUUAAAGGAGGCCGCUUCAAGAAAAUUGCUGAAAUUGAGGGCGCAGAGGACACUCGACUCAGUCCAAGUGGCACUGACAGCGGUAGGAGUGAUGGAGAUACAGAAGAUGCUGCCGAGGAAGGAGGUUCUACUAUUAUGAUAGAUCAGGUGCUGGAUCUUUUGAGCAGAAGGUGGGAUCGGAUUCAUGGGGCCCAAGCGCUGAAACUAUUGCCAAGGGACACUAAGCUACAGAACUUGCUUCCAUUUCUUGCUCCUCUUCUGAGGAAAUCCAGUGAAGCGUAUCGGAACUUUUCAGUGAUAAAAAGCUUGAGAGAAAGUGAAAACCUACAGGUUAAAGAUGAACUGUAUAGCCAAAGGAAAGCAGUCUUGAAGAUCACAAGUGAUAGCAUGUGCUCUCUUUGCAACAAGAAGAUUGGCACCAGUGUCUUUGCAGUCUAUCCUAAUGGUAAGACAAUUGUGCACUUUGUUUGCUUUAGAGAUUCACAGAAUAUGAAGGCAGUUGGAAGAGGUUCUCAGUUGAGGAAGAGAUGAUAACGAGAAAUUGGAUUUCGUUGAACUGCAUUUUUUGGGUUGCUGUAUAUGGCAUUGAUCCGUUUUCUUUAUGUUAGGACCGUUUAACAUGUUCUGCGGCUUUAAGUUUUAAGUCACCAUUUAUUCCUGAAAGUAGGAUACUUGUGCUCUCCGUGUUUCUGUAAGUGUUCUGGUGUGUGCAUGAUUAAUACCAAGAGAUAUGAAGCGUGGUGGUGAUACACCACAAAGGAAUGUGUAAUGCUCACUUUGUUGUAUAUUAUGUCAAAUAUGGAAGUGAAUGUGACGGAUUUGAGGUUGUGUGA